UUUGAUCAACUUUGUAACGGUCUGAGUCCUCACAGGAAAACGGGCAGCAUCUCCUGAAAGUCGAGUUUGCAAUCUUACCCUCCUUUCUCCAAGAUGAACAGAAUUAUUCUUCAACUUUUUGCAGUCGGAUUCUGCUUUGCUGUCGGCCAAGCUCUGCAGUGCUACAAAUGCAAACUCGGCUUCUGGAAUCUGUGCAUAACCUCAAAGGACACUUGUGACGAGGGAGAACGUUGCUUCAGUGGUGUUGGGACGGCAGCCUCCUUCAUGAAUAUCACGAUGAAGGGCUGUCUAGCUGAGGCCGACUGCAACAGCACCAAAGAGGUGAACUUUCCCAGCAGCAGCUCCAACACCACCGUCUACACCAUGACCAAGACGUGCUGCAACACCGACCUGUGCAACGCCGCGCCCGGUCUGCCGGGGGCCUCCGGGCUCAGCCUGACCUUCGCCACCAUCACUGCUCUGCUUGUGGCCAAAGUCCUGGUUUGACAGAGGAUAUAGGGGAUACAUGGAUGACACACAGUGCAUACACACAUUAAAAACACACACACUACAUGUUGCACACACACGAGCACUACCAGGAUUAAAUCAAAUGCCCUCCUCAGACAUGAGCUCUGUGGUUUUGCAACUUUUUUUCUCCACAUGGGUCUUGUUUACUAUCCUUGAGGUGUAUUGUACUACUCACACAAGUGUAUAUCUCAGUUAAAAUUUAUUUCACUCUUUGUUUUUGGAUUUUUAGUAUGUAUAAGCCCUCAUUUCACUGCAGGAGAUGUUAAAAUGUUAGCGGACAGACAAUUUAAAGUCCUAAAAUGAGUGUUUAACACUGACAAGAUGCAAGUUCCCUGCCGUUAACUUGAAGGAGCAGUCUGAAGUUUUGUUACAAGGCUAUGUUGGUCAGCAGCUGAGUGACAUGUUGGGUAUGUCGCUGUAUGACUAUCUAGGAGAGUUUGUGCUGUUUGUUAUAGCUUAAGGGAAUAGUUUGACACUUGUUGGAAAAUGUGCUCAUUCAGCUUUUUCUUUUUAAAAUUUUUUUGGGCCAAGAGUUGCAUUAGAUUUGAUAUCAGUCUCAUGUCUGUGUAGAAAAUACGAAGCUACAAGCCAGGAGACAGUUAGCUUAGCUUAGCAUAAAGACUGGCAACAGCUGGAAAUGGCUAGCCUGGCUCUGUCUAAAGGUUAAAAAAAAAAAAAAAAAAAACUCACCUGUUGCAGCUUCAGCUCUGUCACUCCGCUUGGCUAAUGUUUCCACUUUUGCCACAGCCUCCUCUUUCUGUUGACAGUCCCACCUGGAGCUGAAACUGGAAAAGGAGACUUCUCCCUGAAAGCUCUCACAUCUGAUCUGGACUGGCAAAGACUGGUACUGGACUGGUGAAGGGAUAAAACACACAGAUAACUAAUGUGUUCAACAACUGUGAUUUUUGUUACUUGUAGUCAGAACCAGGCUAGCUGUUUCCCCUUGUUACCAGUCUUUAUGCCAAGCUAAGUUAACUGUGUUCUGGCUGUAGCUUCAUGUUUGUCCUGCACACAUGAAGGUCGUAUCAAUUUCCUAAUCCAACUCUCUGAAAGAAGGGGAGUACGUUCAUUUUCCAAAUUGUCAAACUAUUCUUUUAAUUUAUUGCCUUUGACCCACUGUAUUGUCAUUUUAGAGUCAUAAUAUUCAAAAGCCAAUAUAUGAUUUCAAAGCUUCUAUAAACAUUUCUUACUUCUAUUCAUUUCAUUUUAUUGCCAGUUGCUUUGCAUUCACUUUAUUACCAUGUCGCUAACAUAAUGUAAAUGGGGCCCUUGGCUUUUGUCUUGCGGUAUCUGUGAACCUUUUUUUUUUUUUUUUUGGGACUACAGCAGCUUCAUUAACUCUGUGUGU